AUGGUGCUGGUCCUCUUCGAGACGGCGGUGGGCUUCUGCCUUUUCUCGCUUUCUGAUGAUGCCAAAAUCAGCUCUCCCGAUUUGCACAAGCGGUUUGAGAGUGAGAGCGAAGCGAACCGCCUGCUCCAGCUUUCCGCAAUCCACCGCUUCCAAAGCACGGCGGACGCCGUGGCCGCCGCUACCGCUGUGAACGACGGCAAACUCGGGAAAGACUUGAAAAAAUUCUUGCAGCGCGAGAUUGUGGACAAGGGAGGCUCUGCUGGUGCGAAAAGCGCGUCCACCGAAAAACUGCUAGUCUCUGAGCCGAAGCUUGCGUCGGCUAUCUCGAAAAAGCUCGGGAUCCAGGUUGCGUCCGAGUCGAGCAUGAUGGAUUUGUACCGCGGCAUUCGUGAGAACAUUGCGUCGCUGCUUUCUGCAUCAGGGGAUGCCGAGGAAGGACAGCUUGACCCGCGCGACCUGAACACCAUGUCGCUUGGUCUUUCACACAGUCUCAGCCGCUACAAGCUCAAGUUUAGCCCCGACAAGGUGGAUACCAUGAUCGUACAAGCUAUUGCGCUGCUGGACGAUCUCGACAAGGAGCUGAACAUUUAUGCUAUGCGUGUGAAGGAGUGGUACGGAUGGCACUUUCCUGAGAUGGGAAAGAUUAUUAUCGACAACAUUGCGUACGCCAAAGUCGUGCGCAAAGUCGGCUUCCGCACCAACACGUCUUCUACAGACCUCUCUGAGAUUCUUCCGGAAGAAAUUGAGCACACGAUCAAGGCCGCUGCAGAAAUCAGUAUGGGCACCGAAAUCAGCGAGUCGGAUAUCGAGCAUAUUUGGAGCCUGGCCGAGCAGGUCGUAGCGAUUAGCGAAUACCGCGCACAGCUUUACGCAUACUUGGGCAACCGCAUGCAUGCGAUUGCGCCAAACCUCACUGUACUCCUCGGCGAGCUUGUUGGUGCGCGCCUCAUUAGCCACGUCGGCUCGUUAAUGCAUCUCGCCAAGUUGCCUGCCAGCACAAUCCAGAUCCUCGGCGCCGAAAAAGCGCUCUUUCGCGCGCUCAAAACUAAACACGAUACGCCCAAGUAUGGGCUGCUCUACAAUGCAAGUCUCGUGGGUAUGGCUCCGCCGAAGAAGAAGGGCAAGAUGGCACGCAUGUUGGCGAACAAGACUGCCUUGUCUGUGCGCGUCGAUGCUCUUACCGACCCUGCGGACGAGCAGGCACAAGCAGGCGCUUUCCUCGGCAAUGAAUACCGCUCCAAGCUCGAGCUCGUCGCACGCGGAAUGGACCAGCGCGGCACGGUCGAAAACAUUCGCUCCGCCAAAGGCGCUGAUGGCGGCUACAAGCAGCAGAGCUAUGUGCCUGCAGCGAAUGGCCGCGGCUACAACGCAGGUGCCGAUGCGCCGCCCACCGUGACGGGUGCUGACGACGACGACGACGACGACGACGACGACGAGGCGGAGGUAAAGCCCAAAAAGGACAAGAAAGACAAGAAGGACAAGAAGGACAAGAAGGAGAAAAAGGACAAGAAGGAAAAGUCCAAACGUUCUGCCUCGGAGCUCGACGACGACAGCGGGGAGUCGAAGAAAAAGAAGAAGAAAAAGUCGAGCAAAGAGUAG